UGUAGCGCUUAGUUGAGGCGGGUUCUUUUGAGUGAGUCUCAGUGCAAAUACGCCUUAGCGAGGGAGAGGGAGAGAGAGAGAGUGGAAGAGAGCUUAGGCGCACGGGCGCAAGAAGGGAGGGGAGCUGGAGAGAGAGGCGCGCACUCUUAUGCGAAAUCGAUGCGUGCAACAGAUCUAUAUGACAGCGGACUAGGGGUAUUUUUAAUCUAAAUUGGCGCAACUCAGCCAGUAUUGCAUAUGAAUGUAUUCUUUUUGUGUGUGUCAAGAUCGAGGAGCAAUGCAACGGGGAGCACCCCAUCCAGUUGCCUAAAUCAAAGCUGGAAGUGACCGCCUCAACAUUUUGGAGCUCCUUUUUGCUUGAUUUCGACCACAAGAGGACAUGAUGACGGGACUCUUUGAAAUGAGAAUGUGGGCACUUUUCAUCGUUUUCACUCUGUCAGCGCCUCACGUCACCGGUAAGACACUGCGAUAUCAGAUUUUUGAGGAACAGAAGGUUGGCACCGUUAUUGCUCGUUUAAAAGAUGAUGUCGCGGAUGUUCUGGCUAAACUUCCAACCUCGGUGUUGCUCCGCUUCCGAGCCAUGCAAAGAGGGAGUUCAUCCUUUCUCACGGUGCGCGAGCAGGACGGAGAAAUAAGCAUCAAGUCCAGAAUCGAUAGAGAAAAACUUUGUGAAAAGAAUCUCAACUGCUCGAUCCAAUUCGACGUGCUCACGUUGCCCACGGAGCACCUGCAGCUUUUUCACGUCGAGGUGGAAGUGUUGGACAUCAACGACAACGCGCCACAGUUUUCCCGUGCCGUCAUCCCAAUUGAAAUAUCCGAGAGCGCGUCCGUCGGAGCGCGCAUUCCCCUGGACAGCGCCACGGACCCAGACGUGGGCGAAAACUCCCUGUACAGCUAUGCUUUAGAGCCCAACAAUGUUUUUAAUAUUGAAAUACAGUCCAGAACCGACGGGGCGAAAUAUGCUGAGCUGGUGGUACUCCGGGAGCUGGAUCGGGAGGUGCGCUCCAGUUAUGAACUUCAGUACACGGCUUUUGAUAGGGGUGUUCUCUCCCGAACCGGAACCACCCUGCUUAAGAUCAGCGUUGCAGAUUCAAAUGACAAUAGCCCGAUCUUUGACAAGUCCUCAUAUGUAAUAAACCUUCCCGAAAAUUCACCUGUUGGAACACUGUUAAUUGACUUAAACGCCACUGACGCAGACGAUGGGAUGAAUGCCAAAAUAGUCUAUUCGUUCAGCAGUCAUGUUUCCCCCAAAAUCAUGGAGACAUUCAAAAUUAACCCUGACAGUGGUCACCUGACCCUCAUUGCUCGUGUAGACUACGAGACUGCUAAUUCCUAUGACAUUGAUGUGCAAGCGCAAGAUAUGGGUCCAAACUCCAUGCCAGCUCACUGCAAGAUCCUGGUGAAGGUGGUUGACGUAAACGACAACAAACCAGACAUUAGCAUAAAUAUAAUGUCCUCGCAGGGCAACGGGGAUGCAGCUUAUAUAUCAGAGGCUGCUCCUCUGGACACAUUUGUAGCUUUAGUAAGGGUGGAGGACUUGGACUCCGGUUUGAAUGGCGAGGUGGAGUGCAAGCUUCACGGUCAAGGUUAUUUUAAACUCCAGAAAACAUACGAAAACAACUACAUGAUUUUAACGAAUGUGUCUCUGGACCGAGAGAAGAGGUCAGAGUUCAGUCUGACAGUUGUGGCAGAGGACCGAGGCACUCCGAGCCUCUCCACAGUCAAACACUUCACUGUGCAUGUCACUGAUGAAAACGACAACCCUCCACAUUUUGAGAAGGGCCAGUUUGAGAUCUUUAAAUCUGAGAACAAUGCUCCGGGGGCAUAUUUGACCUCCAUCAUGGCAACAGACCCAGAUCUGGAUGUCAAUGGACAGGUGAUCUACUCCAUCCUGGAGAGCUCAAUUCACGGGAGCUCCAUUUCUACGUAUGUCACCAUUGACCCCUCAAAUGGUGCCAUCUAUGCGCUGCGUACAUUUGACAGGGAGGACGUGAGUCGCAUCUCCUUUACAGUGCAGGCCAAAGAUGCUGGAAAGCCACCGCUGCUCAGCAAUGCCACCAUUGUUCUAAACAUCCUGGAUGAGAAUGACAAUCCUCCAGUGAUUGUGGUCCCCCAGCUGUGGAACUUUAGUGCUGAUGUUCCACUGUCAAAGUUCACUGAAGCCGGACAUCUUGUGACUGUGGUCAGGGCAACUGACCGUGAUACGGGGAUCAAUUCUGAGCUUGUUUGCUCCAUCGUCAGUGGCAAUGAAGAAGGCUUCUUCAUUAUUGAUCCGAGAACCUGUGAAAUUCACGCCAACGCCAGUCUGGAGAACUUCCCUCAUGACCAUGCUGAGAUAACUGUUGUGGUGAGGGAUCAAGGAAGCGAGAGCCUCAGUGCCAAAGCAGUUCUAAGGAUCAACCUCUAUGAGAAUAUGGAGAACCAUGUCCAACUGAUGGACCGAGGGGAGUCUCCACUUGAUGCAUCACUGAUUAUCAUCAUCUCCCUUGGGGCCAUCUGUGCCUUGCUACUGGUAAUCAUGGUGGUGUUUGCUGCUCACUGCAACAGAGAGAAAAAGGAGACAAGGCAAUCUUACAACUGCCGGGUCGCUGAGUCGACCCACCAGCACCACCCCAGGAAGCCCUCACGGCAGAUCCACAAAGGAGACAUCACCCUGGUUCCCACUGUGAAUGGUACCCUACCAAUCAGAUCCCAUCACCGUUCGCCUUCAGCUACACCCCCCUUGGACCGAGCCCAGAUGGGGAGCAGGCAGAAUCACCACAGUCGCCAAUCCCUUAACAGCCUGGUGACAAUCUCAUCCAAUCACAUUCCGGAGAGCUUUGCCCUGGAGCUGGCACAUACAACUCCACAGGUGGAGCAAGUCUCACAGCUUCUGUCCAUGCUCCAUCAGGGCCAGUACCAACCCAGACCCAGUUUCCGUGGCAACAAAUACUCUCGCAGCUACAGGUAUGCAUUACAAGACAUGGACAAGUUCAGCCUAAAGGACAGUGGACGUGGGGACAGCGAGGCGGGGGACAGUGAUUGUGAAAUGGGGAGAGAAUCCCCCGUGGACAGGCUGCUUCUGGGGGAAGGCUUUUCUGACCUGAUACAUCUCGAAAUGCACCACCGCCUUCAUCCAGCAAUGAGGCUGUGCACGGACGAAUGCCGGGUCCUGGGACACUCUGACCAAUGCUGGAUGCCUCCCGUCUCCUCUCCAACGUCCUCCUCAGAUUACCGCAACAACAUGUACAUCCCAGGGGAAGAGUCUUCCCAGCAACCCCAAAUUGAUGAUGACCAGUCCUCGGAAGAGUCAGAACAACUCAAGAGUUUCUCCACCUUUGGCAAAGAGCAAGGGAGUGAGGAGGCGGGGCCUGCGAGAGUCGCUGCUGCAGGAGGAAGUGAUGUGUGCCCACCUGCAGGAGCGGCUGGUUCGCUCCUCACUGAGAUGAACAGCGUCUUCCAGCGGCUCCUACCCCCGAAUAUGGACACAUAUAGUGAGUGCACUGAAACAAACCCAACGUCAUCAUCGUCAACCGGCGAGAAAGGAAGCGGACGCGGUGGCAGCAUUUCUGGUAAUCAGAGCAACAACGCUGUUCCUCAGGAUAGCCGUAGAGGCUUGUUACCAGGUGGGAAGGGUCCCGCUUACCCGCCGGGUGUGGCCACGUGGGCUGCCAAUACUCACUAUCUAAAUCCAGGAAGUGGAUCUGUGGGGAACAACCACGUUUCCCCAGCCCCUCCCUCAUCCUCCAACUCCACCAACGGACAGCCACCACACCUCAAAUGGCUCCCUGCCAUGGAAGAAAUUCCAGAGAACUAUGAGGAAGAUGAUUUUGACGGUGUGUUCUACCAGGCUGGCAAACGUGGUGAGAACCGCCAGGAGACUGCCAUGGAUGCGAGCGAGCUAGUCCACGAGAUCAACAAACUACUGCAGGACGUCAGGCAGACCUAGAGAGUGAAAUACAUAACAUGGUUUCCUCCGAGUUAUUUGACCACUUUCUAAAGAAACUCAAACGUGCAAACAUACAUAAUCAAUAAGACGAACGUGUUGUACUCAUUGUAAUGGCUGUGUUGUUUGUUUUACCAAAUAUCUUCUCACCACUCUGAGAUGAGAGACUUGAAGAGUAAAACUCUGCACUGUAAAGGAAGCGGCGCAAUGACCGACAGCCUCUACAAUUGUUGUUGUGUUUGUAGGUGAUUUUGAGGGAGAAUCCACCGACGGACUCCCGAUUCAUCAUUUGUACUGUUUACAGAUGCCAGCAGGAGAACUGUUGCGUGAUCUCAUCUUACAAUGUACAACAAAUGUACACUGUCUGUGAGAAAAAGACUGCUUCACUUGAAUAUUGUGCUUCGUCUCAUGUUUUGUUAUCAUGGAAUGUAACUGUACAAAUGGAUCUUUGUAUUUUAAAAAUACACUCUUUUGUAUUUCUAUAUAUUUAUAUGUGUCCAUGUAUGUUUGUACAGAAAAGAAAAAAAAGCCGUCUAUUUUUUUAUAUUGUCUCUGCAUGUCUAAAUAUUCGGUGUGUCUCUCGUUGUUCUUCUUUGUUUACUUUUAUAAAACAAUUGUAUUUAAUUUUGUAUUGAAUGUCUGUGAGCACCAUUUCACAAAAUCACAUUCCAAUGAAGUAGAAGUGUUGAAAUAUGGUUUUGUACAGUGUCCUUAUGACAAAGACGAAUAAAGUAGAACAAUCCAUAAUGUCA